AUGGCCUUUGAGCUUCAGGUUGCCGAGGCCGCCGACGGCCCCCGAAUUGCUGACGUGUUCUUCGCCGCGUUUGCGGACGAGUUCGACCGAAAAAUGCUCCCACCCAACCAGCCAGAUGUCCGAUCCUGGAUGGAGAAGAUGAUUCUUGGCGAAGGGCCGGACACUGGAAAAGAAAUUCUGCUAAAAGUGGUCGAUCCGUCCAAUCCAGAGGUGAUCGCUGGCUUUGCCAGAUGGGUGUUUCCUGUGCGUGAACCACACGCCGACGACGAGAAGCAAGACCAGAAUUGGUCUGGUUGGCCCGAGGGCGCGGAUCCGGAAUUAUGCGAUACGUUCUUCUCGACGAUGGAGAAACAUCACAAGGAAGUGAUGGGAGAUCGACCGCACUACUAUUUGGAUAUCCUUGGAGUGCAUCCGUCUUAUCAACGGCGCGGAUUGGCCUCCAAGCUUUUGCACUGGGGUCUUAAGCGUGCUGAUCAGGAAGGUGUGGAGACAUACCUCGCUGCUUCUCCGGAUGGAAAGCCAGUCUAUGAGAGGAAUGGAUUCGAACUUGUCGACAAGUCCUUCUCGCCCUAUCCUGGCACGGGCGCAACUGGAUACAUCGGCGGAGACGCCCUGGCCGUCAUUCACAACGCGCAUCCGGAAUUUUCGUACGUGGCUUUGGUCCGCAGCACCGACAAGGCCGACCAGGUCAAGGCUCAGUUCCCCAAUGUCCAGACAGUGAUUGGCGACCUCGAUAACUCGGCCCUCCUGGAACGGGAGAGUGCCGCAGCCGACAUAGUUCUUCACACCGCAGACGCGUCUGACCACGAAGGCGCUGCAAAGGCAAUCGCAACUGGCCUGGUGGCUGGCCACAACAAAGAGAACCCGGGAUAUUGGUUGCACACGGGUGGAACUGGAAUUCUCACUUUCGAAGAUAGCGACAAGGAGUCAUUUGGAAACAAGAGUGACAAGAUUUACGAUGACUGGGACGGAGUUAAGGAGCUUCUCACUCUACCCGAUCACGCCUUCCAUCGCAAUGUCGACAAGAUUGUUCUCGAAGCCGCCGAGAAGCAUGCCGAUGUGCUCAAGGUAGCAUUGAUCUGCCCUCCUACUAUUUACGGACGAGGACGGGGACCCGGCUCAAAACGUGGGCGACAAGUCUACGAACUUGCCAACGUGACUCUACGACUACAAAAGGGCCCGAUUAUUGGAGGAGGUGAUGCGAUCUGGAACAACGUUCACGUUCACGAUUUGAGCGACGUUUAUGCAUUGCUUGUAGAUGCUGCAGCCGCCGGCCGCACCGACAAGGGACUCUGGGGUCCAGAAGCUUACUACCUGACCGAGAACGGGGAGCAUCGCUGGGGAGACGUCGCACAGUCCGCUGCAGAGGCUGCUGCAAAACAAGGCUUCAUCCCAGAAGCAAAGGCUGAGCCCAUUGACCUUGAAAGUGCAAAGAAAUAUGCCGGAUUUGAGUCACUCAGCUGGGGUAUGAAUUCACGAGGGCGCGCUCUUCGGGCACGCGAAAUUCUCGGAUGGAACCCCUCGAACCCUAGUUUGCUGGACGAACUACCGGAGAUUGUUCGAAGCGAGUGGCAGCGAUUGCAAAAGUGA